UCAAAGCAUAACAAUGUUGUUUAUGUUUGCAUCUAAACAUAACUCCUUAACAACUUUUCUUUAAUUUACAACCAAGCGGGGUUCUGCCUCUUCGCAAGUUUCCCUCGUUUCGUAUCCCCUUGGUUGUUUCAAUAGGUGUGCUAUAGCAUAUCUUGCGCCCAGUCGUAUACCGACAGAAAACUAAUAAGAAGAGGACUUUUCAGGUUUCAAUUUACACAUACGCCUCCUAAUUGCCAAGGAUAUUGACUGACAACGUUCUUUUUUUCAAAACUUUACCAAGGUAGCCUGAUAUUCAAAGGUUGAGUAAACUACUAAAACAGUUAAAGGACCAACUGCUUACAGUAACUCAGAGCGAAAUUUACAUUAAGGCUGCUUCUUAUGACAAAAAAGCUUCGUAGAAGAACUAAAAGAAGAUCAAAAAGCGGUCAUACGGAGGACAAUGUUGACAAACAAGAUGCCCAUCCAUUAAAGUCAUCGAAUGUAGACGAUCAAGCUCCUCCGACAACUCCUACAACCCGGUCUAAACGAUACAUUAAACGUCUUGUCUUUCUUCUUGGUACCGUAGUUGGUGUCACUUCAGCAUUCUUUAUAUUUUCGAACAGUGAUUCUAAGCUUUUGGAUAACUUGACAUGGGACACUGUGGGCGAGUUUCUAGGCUCAUCCGCUAUAUACGACGACAUUAAGACUUAUUUGUCCAAUGGAUUGUUUCAAGACCUUCCUCCCUUAUCUGAAAUACAGCAGCGCCUAGGUGGAAACGAUCUCCAUGUUGGUCAAACUCUCGACAGUGAAGGAUAUGAAUCAAAUUUCCCGGUAGUCAUGAUUCCGGGUGUUAUUAGUUCAGGCCUUGAAAGUUGGUCAUUACGAAAUUGCUCUCUUCCAUACUUUAGAAAACGCUUAUGGGGGAGUUUUACAAUGAUCAAGGCAAUGCUACUUGAUAAGCAUUGCUGGCUGGAACACUUAAUGCUCGAUAAGGAAACUGGUUUGGAUCCCCCUGGUAUUAAGCUUAGAGCAGCCCAGGGAUUUGAAGCAGCCGACUUUUUCAUCACCGGUUAUUGGAUUUGGAGCAAAAUUAUCGAAAAUUUGGCAGCAAUUGGUUACGAACCGAACAACAUGUUGACUGCUUCUUAUGAUUGGCGUCUUUCAUAUUACAAUCUUGAAGUUCGGGAUAACUACUUUUCGAAGCUGAAGAUGUUCAUUGAACAAAGUAAACGCUCCCAUGGAAAGAAAAUUGUUUUGAUUUCCCAUUCGAUGGGCGCUCAAGUAACAUACUAUUUUCUGAAAUGGGUUGAAACAGAAGGAUAUGGAAAUGGAGGUCCCAAUUGGGUGGAAGAGCACAUUGAAGCCUUAAUUAAUGUUUCGGGAUCAUUGCUUGGCGCACCAAAGACUCUUUCCACAUUGUUGUCAGGCGAAAUGAAAGACACGGCACAAUUGAAUAUGUUCUCCGUCUAUGGUCUUGAGAAAUUCUUUUCUCGUGCUGAGAGAGCCAAGAUGGCCCGUAGUAUGGGGGGUGUUGGCUCCAUGCUUCCCAAAGGUGGAAGCGCCAUUUGGGGAAAUGAAUUUUGGGUAAGUAACUUAUGUCUUCGAUUACUAACCUUACUACUGGCAUUUGAUGAUAAUGGCAAUGAAAAUACAAGAGGCCCUAUGCUCCACACGCGUGACAAUAUUACGCAUGAAUUCGUGAAUCAUACUACGGAGCAAGCUAUUGAUUUUUUGGAGGACAUUUCCGACGAGUAUUUCAGAAAGAUGAUGCAUACAAAUUAUUCGAAUGGUAUUGCAUGGACUGAAGAAGAAGUAAAGAAGAAUAAUGCGGAUCAUCGGAAAUGGGUCAAUCCUUUAGAGACAAGUCUACCUUACGCACCCAGUAUGAAGAUUUAUUGCAUCUAUGGUGUUGGAAAGCCCACGGAGCGUGGUUAUUACUACUUCAAGAAUGAAGAAGGCGAAUAUGUUAUUGACUCUAGUGUUGAUGAUGGAACCGAGAUUGAAAAUGGCGUCGUUUUAGGAGAAGGAGACGGAACGCUUCCGCUUCUUAGUCUUGGAUUUAUGUGUAGAAAAGGUUGGAAACUUCCUCGCUACAAUCCUGCCAACAUCAGCAUUACUACCCAUGAACUUCUUCAUAAACCAGACUCUUUUGACUUGAGAGGCGGCCCGUCUUCAUCCGAACAUGUUGACAUCCUAGGAAACACUGAACUAAACGAAUACAUUCUCAAAAUCGCUGCAGGAAAGGGUCAUGAAAUUGAAAACCAUAUUGUUUCUGACAUUGAUGAGAUAUUGGAUAAAAUAACGGUCUAGAGUUUUCAAGAGAGAACAACGCUGAGAGAAUAAUAUCCUUAAUAAUUUGCAAAAAGAAAAGAAAAUUAUAUUAAACACUUCACGAGAAGUUUUAUGCAAGAAGCAUCUUGGCAGGAUCCUCAAUGAACUCCUUGACAAGCUUUAAGAAGGUGACAGCCUCCCGGCCAUCAACCAAACGAUGGUCAUAAGUCAAAGCCAAGUACAUCAUGGGACGAGGAACGACUUGUCCAUUUACAACAACGGCACGUUCCUUGAUGGCAUGCAAUCCCAACACUGCGGUUUGAGGAAGGUUAAUAAUAGGUGUACCAUACAAAGAACCGAAUACGCCGCCGUUGGAAAUAGUGAAAGUGCCGCCGGCCAUGUCCUCGAUGGUCAAUUUGCCAUUUCUAGCUCUAGAGGACAGCUCGGCAAUGGAGCGUUCGAUUUCGACCAAACUCAAGCUUUCAGCAUUUCUCACAACGGGAGUUACCAAACCCUUAGGAGUAGCAACAGCGACACUAAGGUCACAGUAAUCCCGGUAAACGAUUGUAUCACCACCGUUGGGACCCUCAAUAGAACCGUUAACGGCAGGAAUAGUCUUUGCAGCUUGCGUGCAAGCUUUUGUGAAAAAACUCAUGAAACCCAGCUUGACACCAGUUUCCUUUAAAAUCUCGUCCUUGUACUUUUUACGUAAAGCAAUGACAGCACUCAUAUCACAUUCAUUGAAUGUAGUCAAAGAAGCAGCACGGUUC